GUGCUGCGGAAAAAUCUGGAGAAAACCCAAGGUUUGAAGAAGGAAGAACUGCAAAUUUUCCCAACAUUUUCUGGCCUUCGCGCCGGUUGGAGUUUAUUAAUUGUGUUCUUCUAUUGAAGGUAUUUCAUUGAACACCUCAGAGGGCUUCUAAUUGGGGAAAGCGAAGUGGGCAAAAGUGAUUCUAAUCUUUACACGAUCUCGUUCAAGAUUUGUUGCAAUAAUUCUGAAGCAAAUCAGCACAGAAAUCUUAAAAAAAAAAAAGCAAAUGAAAAAUAAACAUCUUCUGCUGGCACACUUCAAUGACCUCUUCCUGAAUUCACCUGAUUCGUGGUGUUGAUCGCAAUUGCUCCAGUCUCGCUUGGAUGAUGAUGCCGUAGUGUUGCUGCCAUAAAUUCAUCCACUCUGUUGCAAUCAAAAACCAAAUAGAGACUCAACGUGGAAGAGAUUUGUUUGCUGAGAUUCCUUAUCUCGUGGUUUGAGAUUAAACUUGGAGAAAUUAUGUAUUGUAGCAUCCUGAAGAUGCGGUAGAUUGUGAUUUUUUCCGGAUGGCUACAUUUAGUGUGCUCACGAGUGAUGGCAGUGACUCUACGUUGGGAAGGUGUGAGCUACAGCAUCCCACGGAAAAGGGAUUCCUGGUGGCGAAUACGGAGGAAAGCACCGGAAGUUCGGCGAAUUCUCGAUGAUAUUUCGGGGGAGGUUUCUUCGGGAGAUCUUGUGGCUAUUGUGGGUGCUAGUGGGGCUGGAAAAACCACCCUUUUGGCGGCAAUUUCACGUCGAAUUCGGGGAAAUAAAUUGGCGGGAAAAUUCACAAUAAACGCGCGUGAUGUGGGACGUGAUGAAAUGACAAGAAUCUCUGGAUUUGUACCGCAGAGUGAUAGCUUAAUUGAUGUCCUGACCAUUGAGGAGCAUCUCAUGUUCAUUUGCCAGCUUAAAUAUUCCCGGAAAAUGGGGCAAUUUCACCGAAAAGUCACCAUUAGGAAAAUUCUCACAGAACUGGGAUUGCAUUCGUUAGCCACCUCAAGGAUUGGAACCCUUUCCGGUGGAGAGAGGAAAAAAUUGAAUUUAGCAACGGAACUCUUGGGAGAACCCUUUUUCCUCUUUUGCGAUGAACCCACAACUGGGCUUGAUAGUUUCAAUGCAUUGAUGGUUAUAAAGACACUGAAAAAGCUCUGUGGGAUUGGGCGGGAAUCGAGAGAUAAUGGGAAUUUUGAGAUGGAAAUUGCAACUUCGGAAACAGAACUCUGGGAACCACGUCAGGAGUCGUUCCCAAAGGGCAUUGUCUGCUCAAUUCAUCAACCUUCAUCAGAUAUCUUCCAUAGCUUCUCACAGAUUAUUCUAAUCCGCGAAGGAAGGGUAGUUUUCCAGGGAAGUACAGCUGAGGCUAAAGAUCAAUUUCACGAAGCUGGCUUCACAUGCCCUGAAGACUACAAUCCCAUAGAGUACUACGUGAAGAUCGUAGCAGAACAACCAGAUCUCAAUCUCAUACAGCAACAGUGCCAAAUGGAGGAUUUCUCAGAAGGCUCACAAGGAUCCUUUAGGAUCACAGCAGAUACUUCACGUACCAUUUGGAUCCUUCAGGUUUUCUAUCUCCUCAGACGAUCAUUCAUUGUUACACGACGAUCUUUCCUGGAGAUCAGCAUACAGAGUGGAAUCUACCUUUCAACCUCUAUUAUCCUGGCACUCCUUUACAGGAAUGUUAAUUUAAAUUCACAAACUGCUGUGCAGGACAUUGCAGGAGUUUUCUUCACUGUUUGCACGGAAAUUAUUUUUGGGAGUCUCUAUUCCGUUAUCAUUGCCUUCUCCCCCCAACUACCCCUAAUUCGAAGGGAAACUGGAGAAAGGCUGUUCAGUUUAUCCGCCUUCUAUGCUGCAACUGUUCUUAUGCAGAUCCCUCGAGCUUUUCUCGAAUCCUUCAUUUUCCUGGGGGUAGUUUAUGCAUCAGUGGAUUUUUCUGGUAGCUUUCUGACCUACAUUCUCAUGUCAAUUAGCCUAUCCCUGUCUUCAGUGGCUUCCAUGGCAUAUGGCUUCAUGAUUGCAGGGGUGUGCGUGAAUGAGAAUUUUGUUCAGGAGAUUUCGGUUCCCUUCGACACGAUAAUGCUAAUCUUGGGUGGAUUCUACAUGAAUGUCAUCAAUUUACCCUACGUCAAGUACAUCUCGCUCUUUUACCUCACAAACGAGGCACUUUCGUGGCAGUUUUGGCGGGAAAUUGACACCAUCGGUUGCUCCGAGGGAACAACCUGUUUACGGAAUGGAACAGAUGUGUUGGAUUUUUACUCCUUCGGCACGACUCCUGCAACAAUCUGGAGGGACUAUCUGGGAUUUGGGCUGUGGUUCAUCAUUGCUCACCUUGUGGGCUUUCUCGGUUUGAGGAGCUACGUUAGAAAAGAGGGCUUCUACUGACACCACAAGCACCUAUUUUAAACAUAAUGUGUGUUGCAUUUAAGAGUCUCUACCAAGCCCACAAGAAAAAUAAAUUUUAUAAAGAAUAAAGAAAAUCUAAACUAAA